AUGAACCAUAAUCACAGCCCUGCUGAGGCAGCAGAUACAGUAAUCGAUAGUAGUCGAGGGUUACCCCCAUCCUCUACUUCCACUUCUUCUACUUCCUCCUCCACUUCGACAUCUUCUUCUAUGUUGACGUCUAAUUCUUCUUCAUCUUCUUCAUCUUCUUCAUCAUUGACAGUUGGUCUAGUCAUUGAUAAUAAAGACAAGAUUAUUCAAGAUGUAAUACAACUCUUUAAAAUAUUUACUGUUGAAAAUUGUAUUACUAUACGUUCAGAUACACCUCCUCUUGAUCAAACGAUAAAGAGUAGGUUAGAUGAAAACAUUGACUUGUUUAGAUUUAAUCAUAAUAACAAUAAUAAUAAUAACAACAAUAUGUCAUCCUCUUCAUCAUUAUCAUCGCCGAUGAUAAUAUUAACAUAUAUUGGAUUACCAACAACUAAUGGUGUAUUAACGACUGGUGAUAUUGAUUUCCUAAAUGAAUGUUUAACUCUGUUACUCGAGCAGAUAUCAAACAAUCAGCGAUCGAUACAUGGAGUGGUCGUUUGCACCAAUUCUCCCAAUCCUCCUAUUGUGCACACUCGUCGAAUCGAGAAACUACUAGCCUCAAAAUUAAAGGGCGCCUAUUGGUGUGUGACGGACGCGCCACCUCACAAGAGAGAGUCCUUUCAUCAGAUACUCAGUUUAAUCUACCCCAAAAACAAGUUACAACCCAAAUCUCCUUCUGGUGGUGCACCUUCUAUCAAUAAACAGAUACAUCAACAUCAUCAUUAUCAACAGCAGCAACAACAACAACAGCAGCAGCAACACCAACAACAACAGCAACAAUCUUCAAAACUUCCUCCUGCACCACCAGUUCCUACAUGUUCCCCUCUGGUCAAAUCGGCGAUCCCUCCUAUUAAACUGAUUCCAUCUCCAACAACAAGAGAAGAGCCCUUACCCAUUUUGCCGAUCGGUCCUCCCUCGUCUCCAUCCUCAACAAAUAAUAAUAAUCAAAAUAAUAAUAAUGAUAUUUUUAACAACAACAACAACAACAACGCUAUAAAUAAUGGAAUUAAUAUGAAUAAUUAUAAUAAUAGAAUCAUGUAUGGAUUUAAUCAUAGAGCUUCAAUGGCUGCAAAUCAAAAUAGAAAUGGAUCCUCCAUUCCAACAACUACCACUACCACUACAAAUAAUGGAGGAGGAUCAAGUGCAAAUGCAAGUGGAAAUGUAGAGAGUGGUCGAUGUUCACCUGUAUCGUUUGAAACAAAAUAUGCUCCACAACCAAAUGAUAUUGGUCAAAUUUGCAAUAUGGCAUUCUCACCAACCACAGACCAAAGUUAUAUGGAUUUUAAACCAAUAGAGGAUAUAGUCUAUCAAACUAGACAUUCUAGUUUUGAUGAUACUCCUCACUCGACGAGUGUCGAACCAAAGGAAUCUGAAGCUGCUUGCAAACCAACAUCGCCAUCCUCUUCCCCCAACAAUCAGCCACUUACCAUGUUUGACAAUUAUCCAUUCCUCAGACGACUGUCUACAGAUUCUGAUAUUGAUCCAAACAUAUCAAGUAUCAUUGAAGCUGGUUCAAGGGAAAAUUAUAGUACUUCAAUUGAAAAUGACAAUGUAAAUAGAAGAAGUAUAUUACCAUCGAAUCGUAAAGUACUCUCGAUGAGUAAGAAAUUGAUAUUACAAACUUUAAAAAAGAAAUCAUUUUUAAAUAGUUUACCAUAUCCUCCAACUCAAAUUAAUAAUAAUAAUAAUAAUAAUAAUAAUAAUAAUAAUAAUAAUAAUAAUAAUAAUAAUAAUAAUAAUAAUAAUAAUAAUAAUAAUAAUAAUAUUUAUAACAAUUCAAAUUAUAAUAAUAAUAAUAACUAUAAUAAUAACUAUAAUAAUAAUGGAUUAUAUAAUAAUUUAUUAAAUAAUAAUAAUGAACAACCACCAAGUUCACCACCAACAUCAUCAUCAAAUCCAUCUUCUUUACCAACGACACCAAGAGAAAAUCAAAUUCCAAAAUGGAUACAAUCAAAUGGACCAGAUGUAAUGGUGGUAGAAGACAAUGAAAUGAAUGCAGAAUUUUUGAUGAAGUUGUUGGAAAAGUUUGGAGUCGAUCAAAAGAGAUGUAUAUUGGUUACAGACGGUUUGCAAGCAGUACAGGCCUACAAAUCCUCAAAAAAUACUUUUAAAUUAAUUCUAAUGGAUUUGUUCAUGCCAAGAAUGGAUGGAUAUCAAGCUACCAAUAUCAUACGACAAAUCGAAGGUAGUUUAAAACAUACUCCAAUAGUUACAGUUACUGCCAAUGUUACCAAAGGAGCAAAAGAAAAAUGUCUAUCAAGUGGAUUUGAUGGUUAUAUCGCCAAACCAAUACGUGCAGAUGAAUUAAAAUACGUAGUGGAUUUAUAUGUUCAUGUAUUGACAAUAUUCUCAAAUAAUAUUGUUCAAUCAUCAACAUGUGAUAAAAAUACAACACCACCAGGACAAUCAUUUGUCACAAUGGAUCUUUAUCCACAUCAAAAAUCACUCACCAUCGAAUCUUCAUCUCAUUCUCAAAAAAUAAUGCUUGGUUCAAAUCAAACAUCAAAUGGAGGAAUGCAUAUUGCAAAGAUGACUGGAGAUCCAUUUGAAAUUAGAACCAAUGUAUGGGUUGGAGGCAUUAAACAAGAGGUUGUAGUUGACAGUGGAAGUAUUUUAUUGGUGGUACCAUCUGUUGCAUGUUCAACUUGCGAACAAGCAAAACCAUACUACCAACCGUCAGAAAACGUCGAAUAUAUUGGCUGCAAUACAACUGAUUGUGCACUCAAUGUAAACUAUUGUAGAACUACUAGAAAUCAUCCCCAAGGUAUUUGUGGUAUCAAUAUUAGAUAUGUAGAUACAACCGAGGUUGAUGCCUAUGUUGUUCGUGAUAGUUUUAGAUUAUCAGAAGACAUGGAAGAAGUUCCUCUUAUUUUUGGUUCAAUUUAUCAUGCUGCUGGUCAUAGUUUAAAAUAUGGUAUUAUGGGUAUGGGUAAUACUUGUUCAAAAUGUACAAAAACACCAAUUGAUGAAGUAUUUACACGUUUCAAUUUAUCAAAAACAUUUGCAUUGUGGUUGGAUGAGGAGUAUACUGGUGUUAUGACAUUGGGAGAUCUAGAUCCUCAAUACAUUUCGGGGUCACUACAUUAUACACCACUGUUGGCUAUUGAUACUAUUCACUAUGGUGUACUUCCAAGCUAUGCAUUGGUUACAAGACCUGAUGGAAAUGCCGUAGUCAUUUCACCAAAGGAUAUUGGUGUCACAAUUCUUGAUACUGGUUCUUCCUAUACCUUAUUGGCUCGUGAUGCUUAUCUUGCCUUUCGUUUCUUCCUUUCCCUUAAUUGUUCUUUGCCAGGUGUUUGCGGACCACAAACUCUAUUUGAUGGAUACGUAUUGUAUGGAUCUUAA